CCUCCCUGGCGUCUUACACCUUCAUUGCAAGCGCCGUCCAACUCUUGUGUUUGACGAUUUCUGUGCUGUUUUGGAGUGUCGGGCUCGCGGCCCUGAAACGGGCACUGGCACUUGCAUUCCUCAAAGGUUCUGCACCUGCACCCACCCACCAUGGAUUUGCGCAGCACUAUCCAAUCCUCUCUGUCAGCCGAAGCUGCCACGCGUACCCAGGCAGAAACCGCCCUCAACGAGGCCUCACAGCAUCCAGGCUUCAUCGGUGCCUUGCUAGAUAUCCUACAAACUGAUCAAGACUCGACGGUUCGCCUGGCCACCUCGAUCUACUUGAAGCACAGGGUAUCGCGAGGUUGGGCUACAGAAAACACUCCGCACCAACCAAUCUUGGAGCCCGAACGAAAGCCCUUCAGAGAUCGCCUUCUUCCCAUCUUGUCCAACUCGGCGCCACAAAUUCGAGCCCAGCUCGUCCCUGUUCUGCAAAGUAUCCUUCAGCACGACUUCCCGGCCAAAUGGCCCGAGUUAGUUGACAUCUCCCUUCAGUCCCUCAAUACCCAAGAUGCAAAUUCUGUCUAUGCCGGUCUGCAGGCCCUCCUGGCCAUCUGUCGCACCUACAGAUACCGUGCUGGAGAAGAGAGGGAGAAUCUGAAUAAAGUAGUCGCUGUCACUUUCCCAACCAUCCUCGGAAUUGGCAACAAACUCGUUCACGAAUCUAGUAUCGAGGCCGGCGAGAUGCUGCGUAUAAUUGUCAAGUGCUACAAACAUGCCGUGUACUAUGCUCUCCCCCCACACCUCCAAAAGUACCAGGCCACCGUCGACUGGUGCACACUUUUUUUGACCAUCAUUUCAAAACAGCCGCCCGAGUGCGCCAUGGAUGAUGAUCCUGAUGAAAGAGAACGCAAUCACUGGUGGAAAGCCCGAAAGUGGUCCUACGCCAACCUCAACAGGUUAUUUGUUAGGUACGGAAACCCCUCUGGUCUCAUAUCCAAUUCGCAGGAGAAAGAAUACAUGGAUUUUGCAAAGGUUUUCAUCACAAACUUUGCCCCGGAAAUCCUCAAAGGCUAUCUACAGGAAAUUGAGAAAUGGGUCGGAGGCAACCACUGGUUGAGCAAACCCUCGCUUUCUUACACCCUCAUCUUCCUCGAGGAGUGUGUGAAACCAAAGGUCAUCUGGGAAAAGCUCAAGCCCCACAUGGACAGCCUUAUCAAACAUUUGAUUUUCCCUGUCUUGUGUCAAAGCGAUGAAGAUAUGGAACUCUUUACCGACAACCCACCCGACUAUCUUCACCGCAAGCUCAACUUUUACGAAGAAGUCUCCGCCCCAGAUAUGGCGGCGACAAAUUUUCUCAUCACCCUCACCAAGUCUCGAAAACAGCAAACCUAUGUCAUUCUCUCUUACGUCAACGAAGUCGUCACUCGAUAUGAAUCUGCCCCUGAUGACCAGAAGAAUCCAAGAGAAAAGGAGGGUGCUUUACGUAUGAUUGGCUCUUUGGCUUCUGUCAUCCUGAGCAAGAAAAGCCCCAUCGCCGAUCAAGUCGAGUAUUUCUUCGUCCGACAUGUCUUCCCCGAGUUCAGGUCUCCACACGGCUUUCUUCGUGCAAGAGCUUGUGAGACCAUGGAGAAAUUCGAGCAACUCGAGUUCAAGGACUCAAACAACCUUAUGCUUAUAUAUAGCAACAUUCUCGAGUCCAUGGCCGAUUCCGAACUGCCUGUCAGGGUUAUGGCUGCACUGUCUUUGCAACCUCUUAUUCGGCAUGAUGCCAUCCGGUUGGCAAUGCAAUCCAACAUCCCCCAAAUUAUGCAUCAACUUCUCAAGCUCAUGAAUGAAGUCGAUGUCGAUGCCUUGUCUAAUGUCAUGGAAGACUUUGUCGAAGUCUUCGCCGAGCAACUGACCCCCUUUGCUGUUGCCCUGAGUGAGAACCUCAGAGACACCUAUUUGAGGAUCGUCCAGGACAUCUUGAGCCGUAAUGAGACUCGGGUGAACGAAGAGGGUGGCACAUUUGGCGACUAUCUCGACGACAAAGCUAUUGCCGCUUUGGGUGUGCUUCAAACCAUGGGGACCCUGAUCCUGACUCUCGAGGCCACUCCAGAUGUCCUACUCUUGCUCGAGACUAUCCUCAUGCCCGUGAUUUCCAUCACCUUGGACAACAAAUUGUAUGAUCUUUACAACGAGGUGUUUGAAAUCAUCGACUCUUGUACAUUUGCCUCCAAGGCCAUCUCGCCCACAAUGUGGCAGGCCUUUGAAUUGAUGCACAAGACCUUUAAGGAUGGCGCAGAGUUGUAUCUAGAGGACAUGCUCCCAGCACUGGACAAUUUUGUCACAUAUGGCCAACAGCGACUCAUUGACCACCCUCCAUACCUGGCAGCUAUUGCAGGUAUGGUCCGAGACAUUUUCGGUGACCCCAAAGUUGGCGGAGUCGAUCGUAUCUGUGGAUGCAAGCUUGCAGAGGCAGUCAUGCUCAACCUUCGGGGUGGCCCCAUCGACAGCUACAUCCCUACCUUUAUUACGUUACCGAUGGAGGUUCUGACCAGUGCCCAACAGAAGACAAUUGUUAAGAGCUACAAAAUUCACUUGGUCGAAAUGGUGAUCAAUGCAAUUUACUACAACCCCGUACUCGCUUUGCAAGUGCUCGAAUCACAUGGAUGGACUAACAAAUUCUUCUCAGUGUGGUUUGGUAGCAUUGAUUCUUUCCGCCGGGUUCACGACAAGAAGCUCUGCAUUGCCGCCAUAUCAGCUUUGCUGACCAUCAACGCGGACCAGGUGCCCCAAUCGGUACAAACGGGAUGGCCACGUUUGUUGACUGGGGCAACUUUCUUGUUCCGUACUCUUCCUGCCGCAGUCAAACAGCGCGAGGACGCGUUCAAGGCCUCUGAUGGAGUUUCUGAUUCUAUAUCCGAAUAUGGGUCUGAUGAAGAUGCCGACGAUUGGGCAGACGAAAACGGCGAAGGACAGCAGGCACAUGAGUGGGGCAAUGUGAGUGCCACGACCAUUGCGGACACCAAGGGUGACAUCAAAGACGAGUCACAGGCGUAUCUCGACUUCCUCAGUGAGGAGGCCAAGAAGUUUGGGGCACUCGCGGAAGACGAUGAAGACAGUAUUCUGGAUGAAGACAGCUUGUUGGAAAGCCCGCUCGAUAAGUUCGACCCGUACACUGCCUUCAAAGAUGCCCUUGGAAAGUUACAGACCGAGCAACCGCAACUGUAUACCAAUUUAACCAACAUCCUUGAGCCUGGGGACAGAGAUGUCCUACAGAGCGUGGUGGCACACGCGACUCAGACACAGCAGCAAGCGCAACAGCAAGCACAACAGCAGUAGUGCCUGCACCGUUAGAUCUUUGGGUACCCCGUGUGUGGUUGGCUUGUUUCCCAGACACGGAGUCGCGAACAGAUCAUCCGGCAGGUUGUGAAUGCAGGCUUUCUGCUCUACGAACGUGUUAAGCGAGGGAUUAUGGGUUUGGAUGUCGAUGCCCUCGCGAUGACUUGAUGUCAAGCCACCUAGAAUAUAUCCAUCGACACAGCAGCAGCUCAGUACCACGGACCACGCAAGUGGAAUCAGUCCCAUCUCUCGCUUGAAUUAAGGACCCUGCCCAGGAAGACAGACAAUCACGAAGGGCAGCUCCCCAGCCAGGCAGACGAGCAGUAGGGGUUCAGUUGAUGGAAAGGAGAAAGAUCCAUGAAGCAGACCAGACGCAGCCUGAAGGGAGGACAGUUUGAUUAGUUAGACAGGCAGGCAUGAACAGUGAAGUGAGAUCGUGAGUCUGAGGGGUUGAGAGCCUGGGAUUGACGUUUUCCCCUACAGGCGAUAUCUUUACGAAAGAAAGAAUAGAAAUGUCAACAUCCCCCCCUUUCACACAAUACGACUACUACAUAGCAUCAAACGAGGAGAAUUCUUUCCCUUCCACCACAACCAU